ACAGAACAUAGUCUAUUUAAAGAUAGGUAUUCGGUCAUUAGCCAGAAAGAACUCUUUUUGAAAACAAAUAGAGACAAAGUUGUAACAGGACGUAGCCAUUGGUGGGUGAACUCCUUGGUGUUGUUUUGCACUGUUUGUUUUCUAUAACCCUAAUUUGAUUUCUGAUAUUGUGUGUAUAUUUUGUGGGCGAGAGGUGUGAGUAAUUUCUGGGUUUGGUUUUUUGAGUAUCAAGCUGAAAGCUUUGGUUAUUUUAUGGGGAUAGUGCUUCGGGUAGAACAAGAAAAGAAGAAGUUUGCAUUAACCCUUAGAAUCUUAGCUGCCAUUUAGAAGAGAAGAAGAGAAACUUAAAAAACCCAAGAACACAUUAGAACCCUAAUUCCUACCGUGAUCUGAAGAAGGAGAAGAGAAAGAAAAUUAAAGAAGCCCUAACCCUAGAAUUUUGUUUUUGGAUUGGAGAGGGAGUAAGAGUCUUGUAGAAGAUAGUAAAUUGGAUUUGUGAGUUUUUAAUAAUACCAAUUAUUUUAUGGACGCAUAAAAUAACAGAAUUUGAAAAAUACCACAUUUUGCACUAUUGUAUUAAUUUUGUAUUUUUGAAGUUGUGUUAGCAUAAAAAGGUAAAAAUUCCAACAAUCACUGUACAUAAAAGAUUGCCAUUGUAUAUAUGCUAACACAACUUCAUUGACUUUAAAGUAUUUGUUUUUUAAUUGAUUGGCUUUCAAACGUGCUAAUAAAAUAGUCAAAUGAGUUCAUGUACAUCUUUCCUAAACAACUACUUCAAAAUGAUCAGAAUUAAUUGGCUUUGAACACUUGGAAGAAAUAAAGAGAGAAUGAGUGGAAUAGGGAAGGUGGUAUGUGUAACAGGGGCAUCAGGCUACAUAGCCUCAUGGCUUGUUAAGCUCUUACUACACCAUGGAUAUUCUGUUAAUGCAACAGUUCGUGACCCAUGUGAUCAAGAGAAAACAGAACACUUGGUUGCACUAGAUGGAGCCAAAGAAAGACUUCAUUUGUUCAAAGCAGAUUUAAUGGAAGAAGGGUCCUUUGAUUCUGCUACCACUGGAUGUGAUGGGGUUUUUCAUACAGCUUCUCCUGUACUUGAUUCAAGUUUGAUCGUUGACCCACAGGUACAACUAAUCGAUCCAGCUGUGCAGGGAACACUAAACGUUUUGAGGUCAUGUGCUAAAGUUCCAUCUAUAAAAAGAAUUGUUAUAACUUCUUCCAUUUCCUCUGUUUUUGAGAAAGGAAUACCUCUAACCCCUGAUGUAGUGAUUGAUGAGACAUGGUUUUCUGAUAUUGCUCACUGUGAGAAAAACAAGCGCUGGUAUCCACUUUCGAAAACACUAGCUGAGGAUGCUGCUUGGAAAUUCGCCAAGGAAAAUGAAAUGGAUUUAGUCACCAUUCAUCCAGGAUUUGUUAUCGGUCCUCUCUUACAACCGACUGUUAAUGCAACCAUGGAGCAUAUUCUAAAUCAAAUAAAUGGAACAGAAAAGGUUCUCAAUCAAGUUUAUCCAUUUGUUGAUGUUAGAGAUAUUACUAAUGCACAUAUUCAAGCAUUUGAAGUUGCUUCAGCUAGUGGAAGAUAUUGUGUGUCUGGACCUGUUGCACAUAUUUUAGAGUCAUUCAAGAUUUUGCAGCACAUUUACCCUUCUUUGACCAUUCCUGACAAAUAUGAACAUAAUGAGCCUCUGAAGCCAAAAUUCCAAGUAUCAGAUUUGAAGGCGAAAAGUUUGGGCAUUAGUUUCACUCCCUUGGAAGUGAGUCUGAGGGACACUAUUGAAAGCGUCAAGGAAAAGGGUCAUUUUAACUUCUAAUAUAAGGCCAUUCAAAGUUACUCUUGAUAAUUGUAUUGGUUUUUAAAGCCAUCAGUUAUGUUCGAUUUCAAAUGAGUCAAUUAAAAAUUAAAGAUUUUGUGUUUGAUGAAUCAAGUUUUUUCAACAUCAUUCUUCUUCUUUCUACCA